CAGCGUGCGUUGUUGACCGUCCCCUCGUUUACCCGGCGCCGUCCCCUCUUUAUCCUCUUGCUCUUGAGCUUGUCGGUUUCCCGCCCACGCAUUUUUGCCAGGUUUUGUGUUUGACGUCCUCCAAAAUGCGCGCCGCGACCUUUGCCAUUGCUGCUUUGACUGCUGCGUCGGCGGCGUCUGCCGCCAACAUCGUGAUCACUGUCGGCGGUAACACGACCAGCAACGCGAGCCUGGUUUUCCAGCCUCAGCGGGUGACCGCCCAAGUGGGCGACACGGUCAUUUUCAACUUCACCCAAGGAAACCACACGGCGACCCAAGCUGUCUUCUCCGAGCCGUGCAUCCCCGCGCACGAUGCGAACAUCACCAUCAACGGGUUCGACUCGGGCUUCCGCGACGCGGGCAACGGCACCGCGAUCACCAUCCUCUCCGUGCCCAUCCUGCCGGAGAACGUCAACCAGACGAUGUGGUUCUAUGACUACAACCUGUGCGGGCAGGGCGGCGUCGGCGUGAUCAACGACAACGAGUCCAGCUACGAGACCCUCGCGGGCUUCGAGCGCAACGCCAUCCGCCUCAACGGCACCGGCGCGCAUUCGUCCUCUGCCUCGCACAGCGCCACGCGCACCGCGACCUCUGCGACCGGCUCGUCGACGUCCCACAGCUCGAGUGCGGACCGCGCGGUCAAGGUCGGGAGCAUCGCAGCCCUGCCGCUUGCCCUCGCGGGCCUUGCGCUUUCGCUCUGAGGUCCGACUUUGCGUACACUUACUGUUCCGAGGCAGCGUUGUCCCCUCGUUUCCUUCCGGUUGUUGCAUUCCUAUCCACUGCCUGUUGUAUACCCCGAGAACAUUUUCUUGACGACCCCUUUAGAUGACCAUGUCCGCCGAUUCCCUUCUCGCUGUUCCUCCCGCUGUCCUUACGUAUACUACUUCCGCUGUGUUGUGAUCCUGUGCAUUGUGCUGUAUCUUCGUGGCGUAUAUCAUCUACUUGAUUCUGCUCUGAACCUUAGGUUCAGUGCCAAUUGCGUUCCUCACAACUCAGGUGCUGUCAAGUGUCCAGAGAUUUGC